UGGUGAGCCCCUGGAUGCAGUGCUCUAUCUGUUCACCACACCGGAUAACGACAGGAUAUAUCAGUUACAAGACCAGGCCAAUUCAAAUUCUCAACCAGCGCUGACGUACCUGCGCCGCGUGGUCCGGAAAGAGGACUUUGUUGCGAGACUCAAAGAAGAUGGCUCGCUGCCCCGGGUCUAGACUUCAACGCUUCUAAGAUGAGGUUUUAAAUGGAUUCCACCCCCCUGUGUUAAGUUCAAAGUCUCCCUUCAUCACUGCAGAUAUAUCAUCUUUGAAAUGCUGUCUGCUUUUUCAUACUGGCUGCACGCUUGCAGUUGCAUUUGCUCGCUUGUUUUUCCCGUCUGUGCCGCGAAGAAGCCUAUGACACAAGAUGCUAGCUUCAGCCCAGAUAUUGUCCUACGAGUUAGUGUCGAUACUAUCCAGCUCAAUUGUCAGCCUCGCCUCUCAACGCUGAUCAAUGGUACAUAUCCGGCACCUCCGAUAUAUCUCGAGCCGGAGCGAACAACAUGGAUUCGUGUGUAUAACGACGCAGACGUCAAUACGACAAUGCACUGGCAUGGCCUUACGCUUUCUGCGGCGCCUUAUGCUGACGGCGCCCCGCAGGCUUCACAGUGGCCAAUUCCUCCUGGAUGUUUUUAUGACUACGAGCUCCAUCCUGGUGCAAGUGAAGCUGGAACAUCCUUCUACCAUUCGCACGUGGGCUUCCAAGCCAUGACGGCUACCGGGGCCUUGAUUGUAAAGGAUGCCGUACCUCCGCCAUAUGGGUACGAUGAAGAGAUCAUUUUGAAGAUUGGAGACUUUUAUCCCGAGGACGAUCUCACAAUAGAAUCACAGUUGACGGGCGUUCCUUGGAGGUGGACGGGAGAUCCCACAUCGUUGCUGAUCAACGGACAGAGUGGAACGGCCCCUAACUCUGCUGACCCUGCAGAGUCGGAUCAGUCAUGUCAGCCUUGGGUCAUGAAUGUCGAGGCGGGCAAGACAUAUCGAGUACGCCUCAUUGGCAGUACCGCAUUGUCUCUGGUGCUGUUUGGCAUUGAACAUCACGACAAUCUGACUAUUAUCGAAACGGACAACUCGUACGUCUACCCCUUGCAGACACCGUACAUGCAGGUCGACACAGGUCAAAGAUUCAGUUUCCUGUUGCAAGCGAAAUCGCCAAGUGAGUUGCAGUGCUUGGACGGGCAGACAAAAUUCUGGAUCCAGUUCGAGACUCGAGAAGGCCAAAGUACGGUUUCUGGAUGGGCCAUUCUCAAUUACACCGACGUGGGGCUUUCAAAAUCGCAUGGACGGGUGUAUAGCGAGGCACAGAGCUGCUGUUAUCCGACCUCGAACUCCUCAUGUCCAGAUUCCCUUCCCACGGGACCGAUCCUUGAUCUCCCCACCAAUGUAACAAAUUGGCUCGAGUAUGCUUUUCAGAAUCCUCCCUUGGCUGGCUACGAAACCCCUCCCAGCGCAACAGAAGUAACUCGCCGCAUUAUUAUUUCGACCUCGCAGUUCCUCAGAAACACCUCCGGCAACACAGUGAUGAUAUCGAACAAUGAAUACUGGAGUGACAGUGCUCCCCUGGGACCAACGACAGAUACACCGUACCUCGUUGAAAUCCUUCAAAAUGCGAGCAUCAAUGGUGUCACCCCAGACUACGGCCGUGCAAUCGACAAUGGAGGCUUUGAUCCUCUCUCACAGACCUAUCCCGCCCAAAUCGGCGAGGUCAUUGAGAUUGUGUGGCAGAAUGCUGCUUCGUACCCAGCGGGGAUCUACGGUCCGCAUCCUAUGCAUGCUCACGGCGGGCGGUAUUGGGACCUGGGUUCGGGCCCGGGGGAAUACUCGCCUGAAGCACACGCGGCGCUGCUGGAAUCUUACGCCACCGACGAUGUCCCUUACCCUGGUUCGCGGCGUGACACGACCAUGUUAUACAAGUACACGUUGCAGUCUCUCGAGCCUGGAGAAGUGAAUGGCUGGCGAGUCUGGCGAAUCCGUGUCACCGAGAGGAACGUCGGAGUUUGGAUGAUGCACUGCCAUAUCCUGCAGCAUAUCGUCAUGGGGCAGCAGACGGUGUGGAUCUUCGGGACUCCAGAGGAAAUCGCCGAGAAUGCGAUGCCUAUAGAGGGUAAUUUGGCUGGGUAUUUUAGCUAUGGCGGGGAUGUCGUGGGCAAGGCUGGACAGGAAGAGGAGGGUAGCUGGGCUAUGCAGUUCUUUAGGGAUGGGAUGAACUCUUAGAACGAGGUUGCUAGGGGGGUCACUCUAAUAGAC